AUGCCUCCAGGUGACUACGUUCGAAGACGGGGUUAUACAGAGUCUUCACUUCUGAAGCUUCCCACAGAGGAGUGCAUUGGGAGUCAUCGUGCACCUUUCCAGUUUGACCGUCAUGCUUUGGCCAGAAUUUCGACUUCUCCAACUUUAAGGCGUCUAAGGAUGGCCUCUGCCUCACAAGCACUGUCAUUUCAGGACUGCUCUGACACAGCUCAGUUGGGGAAUCAAAAGGAAUACAUUGGGUCUCUCCACCACAUUUGUAAGAGUCCACCUCGGUGCACUACAGCUUCCUCAUUGUUGUUGCCUUCUUGUGUCCAUGCAAAGCUGCUGUCUUCCAAAGCCAAAUCUGAGACAACUAUAGCAGAUCCAGAGGUUGCUGGCCCCAGAUCAAAGCUGCCAAGCCAAAGAGAUACUCUCAGCAACAGCAGUCCCAAGGAGACACUCCAAAACUCUUGGAGAGCCAACUCUGCCGUGCUGCUUAGUAGACACCCCAGCCCUACACCACAGGAGCAUGUCAAGGCAUCAGGCCAGGUCACCACAGAUACCUACGCCUUCAUCCGUGAAGCGCGAGUACAUAAUCUAGGCAUAUCAGCAGAGCACAGGCGUAGCUCCGUGGUAGUGAGUCUGCCGGGACUGAAGGUGUUCCCUGGAGACCUCCUGGUGUCCGACAGUGCCAUGGACUACCUGUCCCAUGCCGCCCUGCUGCUAAGCGCAGGUCAGACACAGGGUGGGGUUUUCUUAUCUGAGCUCAGCAAAAGCCACGACUAA